GCACAAACUAAUUCCCUCACAUCCUCAAAAUCCAUAAUGGCAGAUCACAAAAGACAUCAUUACAAACACACACACAUUGUUAACAAAAGCUACCAAACCACUGAACCAUCCUCUCAGGUUCUCCCUCUCACUUCAACUCUCCCUCCUCCUCCUCCACCACCAUGUCUCAGCUUGUCCUCUUCCUUCUCCUCCUUCCACUCUGCUCCCACACUGCACUUGCAUCUCACUGCACCACAGAAACCGCCACAAAAACCUUCCAAAAAUGCAUGAACCUUCCAACACAACAAGCCUCCAUAGCAUGGACCUUCCACCCUCACAACUCUUCUUUAGAACUAGCCUUCUUUGGCAGCUUCAUCUCACCUUCCGGCUGGGUUGGCUUUGGCAUCAACCCCACUUCACCAGAAAUGACAGGAACACAAGCCUUAAUUGCCUUCCCUGACCCAAACACAGGACAGAUAGUCCUUCUCCCUUACAUUCUAGACCCAUCAGUGAAACUCCAAAAAUCACCACUUCUCUCGCACCCCCUUGACAAUAUCCACCUCCUCUCUUCAAAUGCAGCCUUGUAUGGUGGCAAAAUGGCCACAAUUCACAAUGGUGCCACCAUCCAAAUCUAUGCCACAAUCAAACUUCAACCAAACAGAACAAAAAUCCACUAUGUUUGGAAUAGAGGACUCUAUGUUCAAGGCUACUCCCCCACCAUUCAUCCAACAACAUCCUCUGACCUCUCUUCAACUGCCACCUUUGAUGUCUUGUCAGGAUCAUCUUCUGCUCCUCAACACAAUGAUCUCACAAUGCUGAGAGUGAUCCAUGGCACCUUGAAUGCAAUCUCAUGGGGCAUUCUGCUGCCAAUGGGAGCCAUCACUGCUCGUUACCUCAGGCACAUUCAAUCAUUAGGCCCUGUUUGGUUCUAUGCUCAUGCAGGGAUUCAACUCUUUGGUUUCAUUCUUGGAACUGUUGGUUUUGCAAUUGGAAUUCGCCUUGGGGAGCUUUCUCCUGGGGUGGAGUACAGGCUGCACAGGAAGCUUGGAAUUGCUGUGUUCUGUUUGGGUGCUAUGCAGACUCUGGCUCUGCUUUUCAGGCCAAAUGAGAGGAACAGGUUCAGGAAGUAUUGGAAGUCUUACCACCAUUUUGUUGGGUACUCUUGUGUGGUGCUUGGGUUUGUGAAUGUGUUUCAGGGGUUUGAAGUGAUGGGGGCUAGCAGGUCUUAUGCUAAGUUGAGUUACUGCUUAGGACUUUCUACCAUGAUUGGUGUUUGCAUUGCUUUGGAGGUGAACUCUUGGGUAGUGUUCUGUAGAAAAUCCAAGGAAGACAAGAUGAGGAGAGAGGGACUUAUUGGAAGUUCUGAUAAAGGGAGUAGUGGUAUCCAGAAUUGAGGAAUGCUGAGAGGAACACAAUUUGACAUUCAACAUGUUUGAGUGGCACCAUCUUUUGUAUCACCUUCUUUUUCCUCAUAAUCAAUUACUAAAGGAUUUCUCACUUUAUGAUGA